UGGGGCUGGGCCUGGGCUUGGGCCUUGGGAGUGAAAAAGCGGUGGCUGAAGUGAAGAGUGAAGAGGUUGGAUAAGCAUAUGGUUAGGGUUUUUGGUUGCGAAAGAGAAAGAGAAAGCAAUGGAAGGCGUAACAGAGGGAGUGAACAACAUCAGCAUCAACAUGAACGAUUCGUAUAAGAAGAAUCGCAUUCAGGUCUCUAACACCAAGAAGCCCCUCUUUUUCUACGUCAAUCUCGCCAAGGGUGGGAGAUGAGCAAAACAAUGUUGCGGAGGCAAACAAAAAAGGCAAGUUGUGAAAGCAGUCACACUGUCAGAGUGUAAAAUUAACAAAAAGGCCGAGGAGUGACCCAAUUCGAAAUUUCGUAUUGGACAGACGAGACAAAUUCUAUGGUACAAAAAGUACACUUGUAUUACAUCAGGACAAUACUUAUAUACGGUGUCCAUUCUAUGGUACAAAAUUAUUUAUAUUUAGAUUAUACAUUUUUUAUAGAAUAUUGAGAUUCAACUUAGAUGUAUAAGAUUGAUGUAUAUUGGUCAAGUGUUUGUGUUACAUGUUCCUAUUGAACAAGCAACUAACUAAACCAACAAAUGAGCAAAUUCUCGUAAGAUUCUCUCACCAAAUCAACGAUGGUCCGAAUCUGACACAAAAUGAAGAACCUCAAAUAUUGUUCUCCUUCAACACUUAUUAUUAUCUUCAUUCACAUAAAUAUACUUGUUACUUCAUGUCUCACUCGUGCAGAGGAGUUUGAUACUGUUAUCAAGCUCCCACGUUCAGGGUUGAGAAGAACAAGAUCUAGAUGGGUUCUUUCUGUCGGUGAUUAUGGUGCAGAAGGGGACGGGGUUCAUAAUGACACUGAGGCCUUCCUGGAGGCUUGGAAUGUGGCUUGUUCUCUCCCUGGAUUUAUAAAUGUGGUUUUUCCAUAUGGGAAAACUUUUCUUGUCCAUCCAGUUGACAUUGGUGGGCCUUGUCGAUCUAAGAUCACUUUGAGGAUCUCAGGUACAAUCGUUGCACCACCAGAUCCUGCAAUGUGGCAUGGUUUAAAUCAGCGCAAAUGGCUUUACUUCCAUGGGGUGAAUCACCUUACUGUAGAUGGUGGAGGGAGGAUCAAUGGAAUGGGACACGAAUGGUGGGACAGAUCUUGCAAGACCAACUCCACAAAUCCAUGUCAUCCUGCUCCAACGGCAUUGACUUUUCAUAGAUGCAAGGAUCUGAAAGUCAGAAAUCUUAUGCUGUUAAAUAGCCAACAAAUGCACAUGUCAUUCACCAACUGUAUGCGGGUAGUAGCAUCCCGUCUCAAAGUAUUAGCACCUGCUUUCAGUCCUAAUACUGAUGGAAUUCACAUUAGUGCAACAAAGGGAGUUGAGAUCAAGGAUAGUGUAAUCAAAACAGGUGAUGACUGCAUUUCAAUAGUCAGAAAUUCUUCACGGAUCUGGAUCAGAAACAUCUCUUGCGGUCCUGGCCAUGGCAUAAGCAUUGGAAGCUUGGGAAAAUCAAAGAAAUGGGAGAAAGUGCAAAAUGUAAUUAUUGAUGGAGCUUAUCUUUACAAUACUGAUAAUGGGUUGAGAAUCAAAACAUGGCAGGGUGGGAGUGGCUUUGCUUCCAAGAUCACAUUCCAGAAUGUCUUAAUGGAAAAUGUGUCGAAUCCAAUAAUAAUAGAUCAAUACUACUGUGAUUCGCCACAUUCUUGUAGAAAUGAGACUUCUGCUGUCAGAGUGGAGAAUAUAUCCUUCAUUGAUAUACAAGGAACUUCAGCCACCGAUGAAGCAAUUAAAUUUGCUUGCAGUGAUGCCUCUCCAUGUGAAGGUUUAUAUCUAGAAAAUAUUUUUCUUGCAUCAUGCUUUGGAGGAAAUACCAGCUCUUUCUGCUGGCAAGCUCAUGGUUCUGCUCGAGGUUUUUUGUAUCCUCCUACCUGUUUCCCAAGCAGUGAUGAUGAUUUUAUCAGACAGAAUGUCUUGUUAGAGUCAAACGAUGCAAACCCUGCUAUUCAUUCCGUUUGAAUAUAAGGUUUUCUGUGCAGAUAGAUUAAAGUAGUUCAUGAAUUCCCCGGUAAUUAUUUUGUAGACUACUGUUUAAGAGGAAGGCAGAUAUGGUGAACGCUUAUGAUCCGUAUAAGAUGUUAAUUUUGUGAUGAGUUAUUUUCCUCA